GGAGAUUGGAGCGAUGUGGAAACGAUGAUUAAAGCGCUCCUCGAAGGUGGAGCUGAGGUUGAUUCGAAGGAUAGUUCUGGCCGAACGCCAUUGAGCUUGGCUGCUGAACACGGAUAUGAGGCGGUUGCCAAACUGCUACUUGAAAAUGGAGCCGAGAUCGAUUUGAAGGAUGCUCAAGGAUAUGCACCGAUAGAUUGGGCCGCUAAGGGAGGACAUGUGGCAGUUUCCAAACUGCUAGGUAGGUAGUUAUUCAGUACGCUGUCAUGGCUCUCGAAGCUGCAAGGUUGCGGCUGAGAGAACGAGCUGGGGAAAUUUGACACGAGGGAUGGAACCAUCAACACGCGACUUCCCGUCCCCCAACGCGCUGUAUCUCCAGACAGCUGGUAGGUAGGUAGGUAUUCAUUCAAUUGAAGCGGUUAGGUAUUACCUAGGCAUCCAUUGAGAAUGAUCGGUUUUAAAUCGAGCUGCCUG